GUUCGUUGAUUGAAUCACGCAAUUUUUUAGAGUCGACGAUAUUCUGACGCCAUUCAAUGGCUGACGCCGUUCCAGAAGCCGAAGAAUUCGGCCACGAUGUUCCGAUGGAUCCGGUAAUGGAACGUGAAAGCAGCGAACAUUCCGAAGAAUUGGAGCUGGGUGACAUUCACGAGCAUGAAGUUCACCCCGAUGAUGCGAGUGCAGGCGAACAUCAAGAAGAAAUUAGUGGAAACGAAGAACCUGGUCCUGCAGAACCGAGUCACCCAGCACCAGAAGCAGAACCGGUGGUCGAGCCACCGCCAGCGCCACCGUCAACAUUUGACUGGGAUGCUUACCUCAAAGAACAGAAUGCUGAAGCUGCCCCGCGAGAAUGUUUCUUUCAACCGGAAACUCCGCCGGAGAAUAAAUUCCAGAUUGGAAAGAAGCUCAUGAUCGCUGAUCCUAGAGGCCCAACAGGUACCAGCGCUAUGUUCUGCCUUGGUACAGUUGUUAACGUUUACAAGCUUUGGCUAUGUGUUCGUCUCGAGGGCUUGGACAACUCGCAUGAAAAGUGGAUUUUCUGUGAUGAUGAGUCCAUACAACCUAUCGGCGAAACCGCAGAGGAUCAAAUGAAAUUGAAUCCACCUAUUGGUUUCAUUCACCACCAUGGCACAUUUCCAAAGUUUUUGGAACAACAUUUGAAACCCGACGAAGAAACAGGAGAGUCGAUGCUUUGCCCACCACAGUGGUUUCGACCAAUCUCAGAAAACCUUCGGCCCCCCAAGAACCUGUUCAAAGUAGGCCAGAAGGUGGAGGCAAUUGAUCAAAGAAGUUUUAAUGGUAAAACUUCUCCGGCUACUAUCGUAGAUGCUACCAAGACACAAAUACAAAUACACUUUGAUGGCUGGAAUAAUGGAUAUGACAUCAAAGAGCCAUACACCACACGAUAUGUUCUGCCAGUUGGAUGGUCACAAAGUAAUGGAGUCGAAAUUUGCCCACCGAAGACUGGAGGAAAGAGUAAAACAACUCCUACCGCAGCACGCCAUAGUGCAUCUGCAGAUCAAAAGGCGAAAGUCCAACGACCAAGCGUUUCCAAACCUACGCAUCGGACUUAUCCUACCCAUCAUCAGCCUUCCUCCUCGAAACAUAUCAUACGGCUGUCAGACAUGCAUGUAAAUCCAUUGCAGAGCAUAAGGAGAGGGCGAUCAAACAAACGACCGUCCUCUUUGAAAGCCGGUAUGGCAACACCACCUUUGAAAAAAUCAGUAGAAGGCAGUUCGUUACGAAGCUCCUCGUCAUCAUCUACAGGAACUAAUAGUUCGGCCAGAUUAGCCUUUGAGAAAACAACGCCCAUAUUGAGUACUGAUAGAAUGCGAGGACUACAGCACCAGCAGGAACGAACGGAGGCUUCCGUCGAAAAUAAAGUGAAGGAUCUGCUCAAAAAUGCUCAGGUUGAACAACAAAGGCUUGCCAAGCAACUAUCGCAACCGCCAUCAUCGUACCUAUCUUCUGCGCUGAAGCCUGUACGCGCUUCACAGUCGUUGCCUGGUUCACGAAUGAUGGGGCGAGUUUCGAAUUCCCCAUAUGUUCAGGUUAAGAACGAAGCUGAAGAAGUCGUUUCAUCUACCACCACAUCCAUUGACACAACUCAUUCUGGACUGCGACCUUUGGUAUCACGACCCUCCUCAUCACAAACCACUCGAGAUUUGGCCAAAGUGGUUGGACAAAUUCGGCCGAAAGUUGAUUUGGAAGAAAGACGUGCAUCUUCAACGUCAUCAACAUCUACAGCUACACCGCAAUCACACUCACCUGCUCCAGCCGUUGGUGCGCAACAACGAUCACACGAUAUUCUUUUGUUGACAAAAGAUGAAAUACCAUUGCAGGAACGAAUUAUGACCGUCUUCGUCAAUUACUCGUGUCGUCUGGGUCCAUUCCUCGACCCGAUCAUGGUAGCGGGGAUAAGGCGACAAUUCGGUCCAUUUGCCACUCAUCAUGCCUUGAGAGAAGCUGUGCAGCAAUUAUUGAACUGUUCGAAAGACGAUGCGCUUGUGCUAAACCUUGUGCAACCGGCAGCUGUCACUCAGAUUCUCUCCGUCACAGCGCAUUGUGGAGGCCAUCCUCGAUCUCGUUUCAUACCUUGUGUAAAAAGCUCCGCUGAUGCUUGGACUUACAUCAAACAGUUGUUGAAAAAGAUGAAAGUUUGUGAGAACUUCUACUCGAGUUCUCCGGAUCCAUGCACGGCUUGCUCACCAGGAAAUGAUAUGAGCGUAGAAUUAGUAGUGGCAUCGUCUCCACCAAUGAAACAAUGGACUAUCGAUAAGGUGGCCAGUGAGCUUCGCAAGUUGUUAGAUGAAGCAGUUGUGGCGAAAUUUAUCGAGCAGCAAAUCGAUGGCCGUUCAUUGGGCUUGCUGACAACAGAGCUACUGAUGAGCCACAUGGGUUUAGCUUUGGGUCCCGCUCUCAAGGUGAUCGAUUUCGUAAGCUCGAUUAAGAAAGCGCAGGAGUAUCAACGUUCAGCUGUCGACCAGAAAUGCACUAAAGCUGAAACUGCUUAGUCUCCUCUGGGGCGGUAUCUGACAAUCUCCCAAUUCUGUUCGGGCACUGUUUUACCACUAUAAACGAGCGUCCGGCACCCGAUUGGGCGUUACGGUGACAGGGCCCGAUCAGUAAACGGGAGAUUACUGCACCAGGCUUUCUGCUACAAAAGUGGCAGUAGCUGCUGUACAACCAGCUGUAUACAAAUAAUUAUCAGUGGCGGCCCAAGGAGGGUGAAUAGGUCCCGAAAUUUUUGCAGUUUACUUAAAUGAGUUGUAAAGAUGUGCAAGUGACAUGUUUGUUCUUGUAGACAGUCAAAUUAAAUUUUGAAUAGAAAUUC